AUGGCUUCCCGCUUCCAGCCGAACACACUCCCCCAGAUCACCCGCUCCUUCUCGGCUUCUGCCCGCCGUAGCUACGAGUUCAUUGAGGUAUCAGAGCCCCGGCCAGGCGUCGGACAAACCCUCAACGCCCUCUCCUCCCCCUUAAUCAGCGAACUCAACACCGCACUGCGCACCUUCCAAGCCUCGCCCACCAUCGCCGCGGUGGUGCUCACCGGCUCGGAGCGUGCCUUCGCCGCGGGGGCCGACAUCAAAGAGAUGGCGCCGCUGACCUUCAGCGGGGCGUACACGAACUCCUUCAUCGAGUCGUGGUCGGAGCUGACGACGGCGCUCAAAAAGCCCCUGGUGGCCGCCGUGUCGGGCCACGCGCUCGGCGGCGGCUGCGAGCUCGCCCUGAUGGCCGACGUCCUGUACUGCACGGCGACGGCCAACUUCGGGCAGCCCGAGAUCAAGCUGGGCACGAUCCCCGGCGCGGGCGGGAGCCAGCGCCUGACCCGUGCGGUGGGCAAGAGUAAGGCGAUGGAGCUGAUUCUGACGGGCAAGUCGUUUAGUGGCGAGGAGGCGGAGCGGUGGGGGGUGGCGGCCCGCGUGUUUCCGAGCUACGAGGCGCUGAUGGAGGGCGCGCUCACGACGGCGGAGACUAUCGCCGGGUACUCCAAGGUGGCGGUGCAGGCGGCGAAGGAGGUGGUGAAUAAGAGCCAGGACUUGCCGUUGCGGGAUGGGGUGGAGUAUGAGAGGCGGCUGUUCCAUGCGCUGUUUGGGAGCCAGGACCAGAAGAUUGGGAUGAAGGCGUUUGCGGAGAAGAAGAAGGCCGAGUGGAGCCACGAGUAG